AUGGGUUUGGCAGCCAGCAAGCAAGAAGCAUUUUGGGAGGCAUGUGGAUUUGGGGACAAGUUGAAAGUUAAGAAGUAUAUUGCGGAAGGAAUCGAUGUUAACUGGGUCUCUUACACUCAUAACUCCUGCGCCAUACAUGUAGCUUCACAAGGAAAGAUUGAAAUAGUGCAGAUGCUACUGGAUGCUAGAUGCAACAUUGAUGCUAAAGAUGAUAGGGGCAAUUUGGCUCUCCACCAUGCAGCUAUGAAGGGACAUGCUGAUAUUAUCGAAUUGUUAAUUAAAGCUGGAUCUGAUAUUAACUGCCAAGAUAAAAAUGGCUGGACUGCCCUCAUAAAUGCUGCCUACUUUUGUCAGUUGGAUGCUGUUAAAAUGCUUUUGAAGUACAAUUGUUCUGUUACUUUACAGAAUCAGGUUUUUGUUUAA